UGCAAAUAACUGUUUCUUCUGUAUAUUCUGGCAAAACCUGCUAAAAGUCGAGAGAAUAUCGCGUUAGUGAAUGCACCAGAGACAUAAAUAACAGCACGUCAAAUUUAGUACCUAAAAAUAUCCUACUUUUCUUAUGAUUAAAGAUUUUGUAACAACUGUAAAUUGAGUAUUGAAUGAUAAUAAAGAUGUACACUAACUGAUCAUCAAAAGUUUCUUAGUAAUCAACUGUUAAUAACACUUACAGGUUUCACCAAUUUCAAAAACUAUGAAAACAUAAUCGCUGUGAUAUUCGACACCGGAUACAGAUUUCGGUAAACAAGUGUUAAACUCUUAUCGCGAUUAAAUCCGGAUUGUUAUAUUAUGCACUUAAACAGAAAAAUGCAUGCAUCACUUGCAAUUACAAAUAAUUGAUAGAUAAAGAAAUAAAUUUUUAAAAAAGCCGAUAUCACGUUAAAUAAAUGAAAACAAGAAAAAAAAACCCAUACCAAAUGUUCUUUGUUGAGUUUCAUUUCUUUAGAUUUCGAUGUUGAUGGGAAAUCCACAUUUUCGAUGUUGAGGCAUUCUUCAGAUGUAUCCAAUUUAAGAUUUUCUUCGUAGGUUGUUACCGAUGGUAAACAUUUUUCAAUAGCGUCAUCAGUUAAUAGGUCUUUUUUAUAAGGACCUAGUUUUCUUUUCCUUUUCGAACCAUCCAUGUUUAUUUUCCAUGUACAGUUUAUAAGUCUUAUCUUCGUUAUGAUCAGGUUUCUGAAAAGCUUGGAGGAAAUUUUCGGGAGGGUGAAAAUGGGGGCCACAGAUAAUGCGGAGGGGUCUUGUUAUUGUUUUAUCGGCAGAGAAACCUGUGAGCGCCCCGUCAUCCACAGCAUGGGUCAGCGUGUUAUUUGAUACAUGCACUGUCCAGCAUGCGCACUUCGUUAUCAGUUCAAAUGAACGCCCGACUGUUCCUCAGUUUUUACUUGUAACUCAUUAACUUACAUGUAACUCGGAUAAAAUGUUUGCAUGUAUAUUCUUCAACGAAGAUGCCAGUCUUAGUGUUGUUGGGAAAAACAACAAGAGUUUAAAACUUGUAAGUGACGACUGGGAACCACGAGGAAAGGUUGAAAUGUACUGGCCAGGAAAAGUCGCGGGACAACGAUCCCUUUAUCAUGGAACCAUAAUCAAAGUUGGGGACGAAGAAAAUUUGAACAAAUUUGCAACACUUGCUUAUUCAAAAAUCUUGAAAAAGCAGAAGGGGCUAAAUGAUGUUCCAGAGGAGCUGUUUUCUUUUGAAAUGAGUUCAGACGAAAGUUUCGAAAAAAGACAUAGGUGUAAAACUAAAAAGAUGCAGGAGUCAGAGGAGCAAGAGGACACGCUGAGUCCCAAAAAGAAGAAGAAGAAAGAUGAUGGAAAAAAGGAAGGUUCCAAGAAAACAAAGAUGAAGAGAAGGAAAAGAAGAAGGAAAAUUCAUCAAAAAAACAGCCAGAAAAACAAAAAAAAGUGUCCUAAAAACUGGAAGCUCUGCCUGAAGGAUUAA